GCCCCCUUUGGGCCCCGCCCCCUGCCCCCCGGCCCGUGCCCCCUACAGUGCCCUGGCCGCAGAGCCUCCACUGCGGCCCGAUGAAUGGAGUCGCCUUCUGCCUGGUCGGGAUCCCGCCGCGUCCGGAGCCCCGGCCCCCCCAGCUUCCACUGGGCCCACGAGAUGGGUGCUCUUCUGGGCGCCCCCUCCCCUGGCAGGGGCCUAGGACACUGCUUCUGCGAAAAAAUCUCCAGGAUGGCUUUGGUUUCACCCUUCGACACUUCAUCGUGUACCCGCCCGAGUCAGCUGUGCACUGUAGCCUGAAGGAGGAAGAGAAUGGAGGCCAAAGCCGAGGAGGAAGAGGAGGAGGACCCUCCCCCCGGCACCGACUGGAGCCCAUGGACACCAUCUUUGUGAAGAAUGUGAAGGAUGGUGGCCCUGCCCACAGGGCAGGGCUUCGCACAGGAGACCGGCUGGUGAAGGUGAAUGGGGAGAGCGUCAUUGGGAAGACAUACUCCCAAGUCAUAGGUCUGAUCCAAAACAGUGAUGACACCCUGGAGCUCUCCAUCAUGCCCAAGGAUGAGGACAUCCUCCAGCUGGCCUACUCCCAGGAUGCCUACCUGAAGGGCAACGAGCCGUAUUCUGGAGAGGCCCGCAGCAUCCCAGAACCACCUCCACUCUGCUACCCACGCAAGACCUAUGCCCCGCCCACCCGGGCCUCUGCCUGGGCCACUAUGGUGCCUGAGCCCACCUCAGCACUACCCACGGAUCCCCGGAGUCCUGCUGCCUGGAGUGACCCAGGGUCUCGUGUCCCAUCUGCCACCCGUGCCCACCUGGACAACUCUUUAUUGGGGAUGAGCCAGCCCCGCCCAAGCCCUGGUGCCUUUCCCCACCUCCCUUCAGAGUCCCGGACGCCCCGUGCCUUCCCAGAGCCCGGCAGCCGGGUGCUUCCCAGCAGACUGGAGUGCCAGCAGGCUCUGUCACAUUGGCUGUCAAAUCAGAUACCCCGCAGGGCGGGGGAGAGACGGUGCCCAGCCAUGCCACCCCGGGCCCGCAGUGCCUCCCAGGACCGGUUGGAGGAUGUGACUACCCACCACCCAUGGCCCUGCUCCACCUCCCAGGAUGCCUUGAGCCAGCUGGGCCAGGAGGGUUGGCACAGGGCUCGCUCGGACGAUUACCUGAGCCGGGCUACCCGCUCUGCUGAAGCACUAGGGCCAGGAGCACUGGUGUCACCUCGUCUUGAACGCUGUGGUUGGGCUUCCCAGCGUCCAUCUGCCCGCACCUCUGCUUGCCCUUCUCGGGACCUGCCAGGGCCUCAGGCCCCUCCCCAACCUGGCCUUCAGGGCCUGGAUGACAUCGGGUACAUUGGGUAUAGGAGCUAUAGCCCAUCAUUUCAGCGCCGGACUGGUCUCCUGCAUGCGCUCUCCUUCCGGGACUCACCUUUUGGGGGACUUCCCACCUUCAACUUGGCCCAGGCUCCUGCACCAUUCACACCAGAGGCCUCUGAACCACCUAGAGUCAUCCGGCCAGAACCUAGCACCCGAACCCUGGAGCCUCCCGCAGAGGAUCACCGUGAUGAGGUGGUCCUGAGGCAGAAGCCUCCAACGGGUCGGAAGGUCCAGCUGACCCCUGCAAGGCAGAUGAACCUUGGAUUUGGUGAUGAGUCCCCAGAUCCAGAGGCCAGAGGGGAACGUCCAGGCAGAAAGGUGACCCCUUUGGCCACUACAGAAGACUCUCUGGCUUCUAUCCCCUUCAUUGAUGAGCCCACCAGCCCCAGCAUUGACCUCCAAGCCAAGCAUGUCCCUGCCUCUGCAGUAGUCUCCAGUGCCAUGAACUCAGCCCCUGUCCUGGGCACUAGCCCAUCUUCACCAACGUUCACCUUUGCCCUCAGCCGCCAUUACUCCCAGGAUUGCAGCAGCAUCAAGGCAGGCCGCCGCUCCUCCUACCUACUGGCCAUCACCACAGAGCGCUCCAAGUCCUGUGAUGAUGGACUCAACACUUUCCGGGAUGAGGGCCGAGUGCUCCGGCGCCUUCCCAACCGGGUGCCCAGCCUACGGAUGCUUCGGAGCUUCUUCACCGAUGGGUCUCUAGAUAGCUGGGGCACCUCUGAAGAUGCUGAUGCCCCCUCUAAGCGACACUCAACCUCUGACCUCUCAGAUGUGACCUUCAGUGACAUCAGGAGAGAAGGCUGGUUAUGUUAUAAACAGAUCCUCACCAAGAAGGGGAAGAAAGCUGGCGGCGGCCUGCGCCAGUGGAAGCGUGUCUAUGCUGUGCUGCGGGCACGCUCGCUCUCGUUGAGCAAGGAGCGGAGGGAGCCCGGGCCAGCGGCUGCGGGGGCUGCGGCGGCCGCAGGUGAGGACGAGGCGGCGCCCGUCUGCAUCGGCUCCUGCCUGGUGGACAUCUCCUACAGCGAGACCAAGAGGAGGCACGUGUUCCGGCUGACCACCGCUGACUUCUGUGAAUAUCUCUUUCAGGCUGAGGAUCGGGAUGACAUGCUGGGCUGGAUCAGAGCGAUCCGGGAGAACAGCAGGGCCGAGGGCGAGGACCCCGGCUGUGCCAACCAAGCUCUGAUCAGCAAGAAGCUUAAUGAUUAUCGAAAAGUGAGCCAUAGCUCUGGGCCUAAAGCUGAUUCCUCCCCUAAAGGCUCUCGGGGCCUGGGAGGCCUCAAGUCUGAAUUCCUCAAGCAGACUGCAGUCCGAGGACUCAGGACUCAGGACCAACCUGCAGGAAGCAAGGAAGACAGUGCUGCAGCUCCCAAAACCCCCUGGGGUAUCAACAUUAUCAAGAAGAACAAGAAGGCUGCCCCAAGGGCAUUUGGGAUCCGGUUGGAGGAUUGCCAGCCUGCCACUGAGAACCAGCGUGUCCCCCUGAUCGUGGCUGCCUGUUGUCGUAUUGUGGAGGCAAGGGGACUAGAAUCCACUGGCAUAUACCGGGUACCUGGCAACAAUGCAGUCGUGUCUAGCCUGCAGGAGCAGCUCAACCGUGGGCCCAGUGAUAUCAACCUGCAGGAUGAGCGCUGGCAGGACCUCAAUGUGAUCAGCAGCCUGCUCAAGGCUUUCUUCCGAAAGCUGCCGGAGCCCCUCUUCACUGAUGACAAAUACAAUGACUUCAUCGAGGCCAAUCGGAUAGAAGACUCCAGGGAGAGGAUGAAGACCCUGCGGAAGUUGAUCCGGGAUCUCCCAGGACACUACUAUGAAACGCUUAAAUUCCUCGUGGGCCAUCUCAAGACCAUUGCUGAUCAUUCCGAGAAAAACAAGAUGGAGCCCCGGAAUCUGGCUCUGGUGUUCGGGCCAACGUUGGUAAGGACAUCUGAAGACAACAUGACAGACAUGGUGACCCACAUGCCAGACCGCUACAAAAUCGUGGAGACACUGAUUCAGCAUUCAGACUGGUUCUUCAGUGAUGAUGAGGACAAAGGAGAGAGAACUCCUGUUGAUGACAAGGAGCCACAAUCUGUGCCCAACAUUGAGUACCUCCUGCCCAACAUUGGCAGGACAGUGCCCCCCAGUGAUCCAGGCUCAGAUUCCACCACCUGUAGUUCAGCCAAGUCCAAGGGUUCGUGGGUCCCCAAGAAAGAGCCUUACGCCCGGGAGAUGCUGGCGAUCUCCUUCAUCUCUGCGGUCAACCGCAAACGGAAAAAGCGGCGCGAGGCGCGGGGCCUGGGCAGCAGCACCGAUGAUGACUCCGAGCAGGAGGCACACAAGGCCGCGGCGGGGACGCAGGAGCCACCCGAGGAGCAGCUGCCGGACCCCGCAGCGGUGAAGACCCCUGGUCCCCAAUCCCCCGCGACGGCACCCGAGGAGCGGCCUGCGGCGGACACGCGCUCCAUCGUCUCGGACUACUCCACCCUGUCCGCCAUGGACCGCAGCGUGUGCUCGGGCACCGGCGGCGGCGCGGGCCCCGGGGGGCGCCUGUCCCGCCGGCCGUCCUUCAGCUCACACCACCUUAUGCCGUGUGACACGCUGGCGCGCCGUCGCCUGUCUCGCAGCCGCGCGGAUGGAGAGAGUCCGGGCGCCGGCCCGGCCCGGGCGGGUCCCCGCGGUCCCGAGCCCCCGAGCUCGGCGUCGUCCAGCAGCCAGGAGUCGCUUCGGCCCCCGGCGGCUGCCCCGGCGCUCGGGUCACGACCGUCGCGCGUGGAAGCCCUGCGGCUGCGUCUCCGUGGCACCGCCGACGACAUGCUGGCGGUGCGGCUUCGGCGCCCGCUGUCGCCCGAGACCCGGCGGCGCCGGAGAAGCUGGCGCCGCCACACGGUGGUGGUGCAGAGCCCGCUGACCGACCUCAAUUUCAACGAGUGGAAGGAGCUGGGCGGAGGGGGCGCCCCGGAGCCCACGGGCGCUCGACCGCACAGUGACAACAAGGACUCAGGUCUCAGCAGCCUGGAGUCCACCAAGGCACGCGCUUCAUCCGCUGCCUCGCUGCCAUCGGGGGACCUGGGGAACCUACAGGGCCUCCCCCCUCGCCGCUCGACUGCCGCCCGCCUCCACCAGUGUCUGUGACACCCUGUCCGGGGGUCAGAUGGGGAGGAAGGGCGGUGCUGGUGCCGCGGGCUGGAGUUGGGUGGGAUGGGCAGAGGAGAAUGGAAGCGGGAGUCCUCUGGAGAGGGAAGGGGCUGCUGGGAUUCACGUCCCUUGGAUAAAGGGCUGAGUGGCUCAUUUCUGUGAGUCCACUUGGGGACUCCUGUUGACAAUGGAGUGUGGGUGGAGCGCCCAGGUUUCGAAUUGAAGGAAAGAUACAGGCUGGUGUUUGCAGCUGCCCUCUGCCCUCCCACCUCCAUUAGCUCCUAGCCAAGGAGGGGCGCAGAUGUGUAGGGUUGGGUGUCCAUGGGAGAGGGGGCUGGGCUUGUGUGUGUGUGAGUGUAUGUAGUCACUGUGCAAAGGUGUUUCCAGUAGCAACUUCUGACCCAACCCCUUCAUUUCCCCACCUGUCCCCAAGCCAAAGCCCUGCCUUUGGUGUACACAGGCACCUUAACCCCAAGCUUGGCAGGGCCCCAGGCUGGGUUGAGGCCACCUCCAGAGGCAGGCCUGAACCCCACCACUACCAAGUCACUCCUCACACCCUUUGCCACCUCUGAGUCACCCCUCUAAGCCCUUUGACCUGUGGACCUGUCUGCUCCCCAGUUUUGGAGUGUCCAGGACACCCUGCAGCUGGCGCCUCCCUCCCUUUGACCCUGCUCCCACACUUGAGCAUGCAGACCCCCUUCUCCUUCCAGAGAACAGUCAGGAAGAACUCAUUAAUUAUGGGGUCUCAGCUGGGCUGCUCCUGAAGGGUGGGUGGGACCCAGCUCCCCUUCCCCCACGCUGUAAAUAAACCUUGGAGUACCAGUCCUGCCUCAACCUCCCUCACUCAUUCCAGGGAAGCCCCGCUGGGGAUGCCAGCCCUGCACCCAAAGCCCUUCAGUCUCCUUGGUUUAUGCAAAGAUUUGCUGUAAAGUCUCUCUCCCUCCUCUCCCUUUUACUGUAAAUAUUGUCUCUAAUGUGUAACAUAUUAUAAAGAAUUUAUAAGGAUUUUUAAAGAUGUUUUGCUCAUUUUAAAAAGUGUUGUAACAGUGUUGGAUAAAGCCCCCUAUGUCUGCAUGGCUCCUCCCACGUGUCCCUCUCUAGGCCAUAACUAAGAUUCCUGCUUCUGAAGUCCUGUCUUAAAGUGCAGUCUAUAUCUUGGAAAUAAAUGGCCUUUCUCGGGCAUGAACCA